UUCUAUUUUGUACCAGAAAUGGGUCAAUCCAGCCACGCGGGACCUUGGAGGUCUUAUUUUUAUCAGCACUAAGCACUGAUUGAGUUAAAAUUUUAAAUUUGUGACGUUCAUCGAGCUCCGACCACGGGGUCAGGGACUCAGGGGUACAGUCUCUCACUUUCGUAUAUUUGUUAUGUAGUGUAUUUACAUGUGUAUAUAUUUCACUUUUCUCCUUAGCUUUUCAGUAGCACGUUCAUACAUAGACUAGCACAUACUACAACAGAUACUUAUGGGAGACACUUCUCGUGGUGAACAGUGUUGUGCGAAAGGAUGCACUAUAGCGCACCCAGUGGGUGGUGCACACAAGUGUGCUGCUUGCGAUCGAAGUAUGCAUGUCUUUUUUGGCGUGCAUCUUGGUGAGGGGUUUGAUUCAAAUUCAAUCGGUUACUGCCUUUCUACUGAUAAAUGCCAGCCACCGGAGGACAAGUCAGAUCAGACAACUACUGAAUCAGAUACAAUGCAGGAAGACGACGUGGUACAAGCUACGUUUAAGCAGUAUGCAUUGUCUAAUGUGAAUGGAGCAUCUAGUAUAAUGAUGAAUAAGCUCACUGAAAGUAAGAAGAAGAAGUCAUACCCACAGACUGUAUUAUCUAAAGUAAAGGACAGAACAUUUACGAGGUACAAUCUAACAGAUAAAGACAAAGGAAUUAUCGUGCGCGCAAUCAAGAAAGUGGGAUACAGCUUUGACAACUCCUGGAAAGAGAACUAUCGUAAGGAUUUAGUCAAAGAAGCCGUGCGAGCUGCGCGUGAAUCAUUCGGUGUGAGCUUGAAAAAAUACGAAGGUUGCGUAAAUAAACAGAAGAUUUCUACAAGAGCAGAAAUAUUGAAAUAUAGGAGCAUUUUUGAGUGAUAAUGCGCCCGGAAUAGCUCUUGGUCUGCUUAUAGGUCGACCCCGAACCUGACAGUAGAAUCUGACCCAGACUUGACCACCUCUUUAUAUGACCAUUUUUUUUUUUACCAAAAACGGACAUUGGUCAUAGAAAGAGGUUUGACUGUACAUACAUAGUAAAUAAAUACAUAUAUAUACC